UUGAUUUUAAAACAUUGUUCUUUCAAACCGUCUUAAACACCAAAACACGUACAUACAUAUGUACAUAUACGAUCACAUGGUGACCAAAGAAAAACCCUCAAACGUGACAGCAUUUAAAGCCAUGAAGUUUUUCACUUCUACAAAUUCCCCCUUCCACCCCGCUCCCUUUCACCACAUUCCCACAAUCAUCUUCAUCACUCCACUCCCCCCAAAGAAAACAGAGUAUAACAGAGCAAUGGAAAAUGGCAGAGACAACAAAAAGCCUCAUACUUCUCCAUUUCACCACAAGCCAUGGAAGAAAGGUCCUUCGAGAGGCAAAGGUGGUCCUCAAAAUGCCUCGUGCGAGUACCGCGGCGUACGACAACGCACUUGGGGCAAAUGGGUUGCCGAGAUUCGCGAGCCUAAGAAACGAACGAGGCUAUGGCUUGGCUCUUUCUCCACUGCUGAAGAAGCUGCCAUGGCUUAUGAUCAAGCUGCUACUAAGCUUUAUGGGCCUCAUGCUUAUCUUAAUCUUCCACAUUUAGCUAAUCAUAAUAACGAUUCUAGUGAUUAUAAAUCUAAUUUGUUGAAAUGGGUUCCUUCUAAAAACUUCAUUUCUCUGUUUCCUCAUACAAAUCGGGCAGCUGCUGCCGUUGCAACAACUGGCAGCUUCAUGAGUCUUCAUCUCAUACAUCAAAGGCUUCAGCAGCUUAAACCUCCUCAUUCCUUUCUUUCAUCUAAUUCCCUUUCUUCUCCUUCCAAGAAACUUGAAGACAAGGGCGAGAAAGAGAAAGACGAGGAAGCUUCUGUUAGAGAGGAGACGACAACGAAAACAACAGCAACGAGAAGUGUGGAAGAAGAAGAGAAGCCACAGAUUGAUCUAAAUGAGUUUCUACAACAACUUGGGAUUUUGAAAGAAGAGGAUGAAAAAUUAGAGAUUGAAUUAGAAGGAGAGAAAGGCAAUGACAAUAACAAAAACAAUGACAAUGACAAUGACGAUAGAGGAUGUUGUUUGGGAUCAUCAGAAGUAUCAAAUAAUUGUGAUUAUAGUGAUGAAGUUGAAGUGCUUAGUGACAAAAGCUUUAAUUGGGAUUCGAUUAUGGAAAUACAUCCCAAUAUUGAAGACAAUCACUUUGGAAACUUUCAAUUAUAUGAUCAUCAUUUUCUUAAUUACGAAGAUGAUCUAAGUUUGCCCAAUUCCAUUUGGGAUUUUGAAGAAGACCAUUCUACAAGAAUCAUACAUUAACAAAAAACAAAUAGCAACUUUGUUUCAUGAACCUUUUUGAAGUUUGAGUUCUUUUUUUUUUUUUUUUUUUGAGGGGUUGUAUAAUAUAGUAAAAAUAGUGAUGUUCAGACAAAAUAAAUGGAAUAGAGACAUUUACAAGAAAAUGAGAGUUGUUAUUUUCUCUUCAUGUUCUAUGUUAGUUGACAGAAAAUAAAAUGAAAGGGUAGUUUAUCAUUUUUGAAAUAGUUCAUGUAGAUUGUGAGGUUCAUUUAGAAUAUUUUUUUUAUAUAUAUAUAUGAGAGUUUGGUAAAAUCAAAAAACAAUUUAGAACUAAAAUUGAUAGUAACAUAUUGUUAUGAAAUUUUGACGAGACACAUUAUUGACCUAACUAAUAAUAGUAGAGAUCUAAAUACAAAAAUUGAGGAGAAUGAUGAUGUUGAUGUUUUUCAAUUGUGCAACUCCAAAAUAAAAUAUUGAUAUUUUGAAGUAUAAUGAAAAUCACAACUUUAAUGAUUAGACAAUGUUAAUUCUAAAACUUUCCAUGUUCUCACAAAGAUUCAUGGUUACUAAGAAUAUAAAUAAUAGUUCUUAGAAAAUUUAUUUUAAAUA